AUGUCGUCUGCUGGCACCAUCUGGACCAUCCCCCAACAGGCAAAGGGCAAGCUCGUUAGAGCUGUUGCUACCUUCGCCGGGAUCAACUUUGAGCUCCCAGCCUCGUACACCCACUUCGAGACCAACAAGCAGCCCGAGUUCCUCGCUAAGUUCCCUCACGGGAAAAUCCCGGCCUGGGAGGGCGCCGAUGGCUUUUUUUGGUCUCUGGGUGGCUAG